AUGGCCACGAUCGACCACCUCUUCUUCCCACACAUCAUCGAUAUCAUAUGGCUGUAUCUCGACUACGAAGGCCAGAUUGCCGCUCGAGCAGCGUGCAAGGAUUGGAGGGACCGCGCCGACGCAAGGCUGAACCACAUCGUUAUCUCGUGUUCUGAGCGACCCAGAUUUCCCCACAUAUUCGACAUCUCCACCCGCGACUUGACUCAACCUUUUUCCUCUCGCGCUUGGCUGGGAUCCAUGUUCCAUUGGCACAAUAUACGUGAUCACGAGUGGGAAUGCGGCUGUAAUCGGCGCCAGUGCCCUCAGCUCGUUCUUCAUGAAAGCGAAAGGCUGGCUGUCCACCUUGAGCGCACUGGCCUAUCAACUACAGCGGCGGUGGAUCUUGUCGGCUUCGGCUUAGAUUGGCCGCGCGUCCCGCCUGAUUUGAGUUGUAACAGUCUUCUUAGCACUGUUCUUGUCGAGUCGGACUGCACGAUACGAUGUUACGGUGCCCUCCCCGACCUCUCAGACUUCAAAGAUUGCUGUUACGCUUACAACCAUGAUUUCUUGGAUUGUCCACCGUCGCUGGUCGACGUUUGCAUGAUGACGCUUGAACCGGAUAUGCCAAUCGACACACUGUCAUCAACGGAGCUAUCAAUGCGUGUAGACGUCCAAGUCGCCAACUAUCUUUGCCUCACGGAUCCCACUGCCUCCUAUCCAAAUCUGUCUACGGUUUGGAGCGAGUAUCGUGAUGAUGAGGUGUGCCCCGUGACCGUCAUCUUUCACAACGGCAUGCCUCGACACGAUCACACUCCGCCAAGCAAGCAGCCGGAUCUCGUAGCAGCAUAUGCCGAUCUCAUCCAUGGCGGUAAUGAGGUCAUCAUUGUCGGCCUGGAGGAGUUCCUGGAUUCCAACGAUAUUCCAGAGUACAUCGAGACCGUCGAACGCGAGGUUCUGAGAGGACGCCGCAUUUACGAUUAUGAAGAAGAAGACGACGUAUGGUGGGUCCCCGAGAAGUCAUGCUUGGACAACUUGUUCUUCAUGACUCAUGAAGAGUAUCGAGACCACGUCGGCGAGGACAUGUACCGCAUUCAUGCUGUGAGAUAG